AUGAAUUUUCACAUCAAAGUGACAAUUAACAACACUUUAUGUCAUCUUACUAUUGACAAUGAUAAUAACUUGAUAAUCAUGAAUUAAAUUCAAUUGAUGACAUUUCCUUUAAAUUUAGAUUCAAAUAUAGUAUGGAGAUAAGAGAAAAACUUAUUGAAAGGCUUUGAAAUAAAUGGGAUUUUGUUUUAGGGUGAUCAUCAUGAUCUUUGGAAUCUCAAAUUAAUCUUAGGCCGAUUAGUAAUCUUUAAAAGAAUCAGUAACAUGUACAACUUUCUCACCACACUAGGGAAGGGCAAUUAUUCAUAAGUAUGUUUGCUUCAGUGUAAAAUAACAAACAAAUUAUAUGCUGUUAAAUGUAUGAAAAAAGAGAGUGAAGAUGUUAUAAAAGACAUCAAGAGAGAAAUUUUGAUUUGGUCUAUGUUACAACAUAAAAAUGUUGCUAGAUUUUAUGAAGUCUAUGAAAGUACAAAUACUAUUUAUAUUGUUAUGGAAAAACUCAAUAAAUUAAGGAAUGAUUAUGAUCAUGAAGAAAUUAAACUAAUUAUGAAAGUAUGUUGAAUAUUAAUUAAUUAUUUAGGAUAUUCUGGAAGGUGUUAAUUAUAUUCAUUCUAAAAAUAUUAUACAUCGAGAUUUAAAAAUAGAUAAUAUUUUGAUUGAUGAUGACAAUUCAAUUAAAAUUAUUGAUUUUGGUUUAGCAUGUCAAUUUAUAAACAUUGAAUCCAAAAAUAUAAGUUGUGGCACUCCGGGUUACAUAGCUCCAGAAGUUCUUAUGAAUAAACCAUUUGAUUAUAAAUCUGAUAUCUUCAGUAUCGGAGUUGUAAUGUAUUAACUUUACUUUAAUAAACAUUUAUUCCAAGCUGAUUAAGUAGUUGAUAUCCUUAAACUCAAUAAGAAAUUCACAAUAUCUCGAUUAUCUGUUUUGAAUAUACCAGAUUGUGGUUAUCAAUUGUUAAGAAGUUUAUUAAAUCAUAAUCCAUAAUAAAGAAUAACAGCCUCCCAAGCCCUCUCGCAUUGGUAUAUGAAUUCAAUUAAGGAGGAUCAUUUUAUCAAAGUUCCAAGAAAUCCAAAUCCUAAAUUUAAAGAUCACCUCUAAACAUGCAUAGUAAUGUGUUCGAAAACUACUAUAACUUCAUGUAAUAAAAUAUAUUGA